AUGGAAAUGAAUUACAGGAGGAACGGGAGCGGGAACGAGUCCCAGAGGGGCGGGGGGCAGGGGGUGAGAGUGUCGACCUUAAACGGAGGAGCCACCGGUGCACAGGCCAGUGGCUUCAGUCACUCCAGUGAUUUUGGAAAACGCAUCAAGCUCUUCCGAAAUCUAACAAGCUUGUUGCAUUCUCACGUCGUGGAAAAGGGGUCCCAAAGGAAAGGGGCCCUCCAGUCUUGCCAGUGGUGUCCGAGAAGCCGCUCGGUGCCACAAGCACUUGAAAGUUGCAAACGUAGCCAAGAGAGAGCCCACAGUCCUCAGCCUAACUUCCUUGUAAUGAGACUUGCUCUUCCCCCGACCGGGAGUUUCCAAAAGCCAAGCAUCUCCAGACUGCAGCCCUCCGGCUUCCUCUUGUGUGGGUGUGCUCCCAGCUGUGGAAAUCCGCCGUUCCUCGCGCCGUUUCACUUCCCCGGCGUCCCGGGGCCUGUCCCCGCUCAGCGGACCCGGCCGCCUCCAGCUCCCGGUGAGAAGACUGCCGGGGCCUCCGUGCAGCCGGGGGUAGCGCACACGCGGGCGCCCUUCCUUGCCAGGCCUUGGAGGGGCCCCAGAGCUGCCGCCGGUACCAGCGGCGCUCUGAGACUGCGGACGCCCCGGAACAGCGCGCGGCCGGAAGCGAGCCCCGCGGUGGGCGGCGCCUGCAGGCGGCCUCGGGGUGGCCUGCGGGCGCCCGGCCUGGGCCUCGGUUCCCGCGCCGGCGCCAGUCCCCCGGACCGACGAGAGCCGGGCAAGGCCGGCGGCGGGAGGGCCAUGCCUCGCCUCCGCCUGCUGCUGCUGCUGCUGCUGCUGCUGCUGCCGCCGCCGCGCCCGGGCGCGAGCCACGCGGGCCCGCCGGACGGGGCUCGGGAGCCCCUCCCGGGCCUGCGGGAGCGGCUGAGGGAGGCCGCCGCCCUGUCCCGGCGCUACUGGGCGCUCCUGCGCUGCCGCGUGUGGCCCGAGGACUGCGACGGCAACGAGGAGGCUCGCGCGGGGCCCCUGGGCUGGAGCCUUCCCCUGCUGGGCCAGCAGUACCUGGACAUCCUGGCCUCCUGGUACUGCAGCUUCCAGGACUGCUGCCGCAGCGGUGACUGCAGGAUCUCCAACAACCUCACAGGCCUGGCAUCGGACCUGAGUGUACGACUGCACGGCCAGCAUCUGGCCGGGGAGCUGGUCCUGACAGCCGUGAGGGGCUACUUAGAGCUGCCGCAGCCACACAAGGCCCUGGCUCUGUCGUUCCACGGCUGGUCUGGCACAGGCAAGAACUUCGUGGCGCAGCUGCUGGCGGAGAACCUCUACCGGGAUGGGCUGAGAAGCGACUGUGUCAAGGUGUUCAUCGCCACCUUCCACUUUCCUCACCCGAAGUACGUGGACCUGUACCAGGAGCAGCUAACAAGUCAGAUCAGGAAGACACAGGAGCGCUGCCCCCAGACCCUGUUCAUUUUCGACGAGGCCGAGAAGCUGCAUCCGGGACUGCUGGAGGCCCUCCGGUCACACCUGGAAGCCCAGGCCCCCGAGAACCACAGGGUCGAGUCCCCGAGAACCGUCUUUCUCUUUCUCAGUAACCUUGGAGGCAGUGUCAUCAAUGAGGCUGUCCUGAAUCUGCUUAUGGCCGGGUGGUCUCGGGAAGACAUUAAGCUGGACCACUUGGUGCCCCAGCUCGAGGCCGAGAUUGCCAAGUCCACAGACAGUGGCUUUGGCCAGAGCUGUCUUGUCAAAGAAAACCUGAUUGACUUCUUCGUCCCCUUCCUGCCGCUGGAGUAUCGCCACGUGAGGCUGUGUGCACGCGACGCCUUCCUGAGCCAGGAGCUCCCGUACACAGAAGAGGCACUGGACCAAAUUGCCAAGAUGAUGGUGUACGUCCCCAAGGAGGAGCAACUCUUCUCUUCUCAGGGCUGCAAAUCUAUUUCCCAGAGAAUUAACUAUUUCCUGCCUUGACUGCAAGAGGAAGACUUCCUGAAGCCGCCUGCCCUCCUCUAACAGGGCCCAUCGGGGCAGGCUGGCCUCCCGUGGUCACUCACCCACACAAGGUGUGGGAAGAAGGCGGGCCUCAAAGCAGAGCCAGUUCUUUUCAGUCACUUGGUGCCUUAAAAAGCCACGUUCUGAAAUGUGGGCCAGGUGGUCAGAGAAAGCCACAUGGAAGAUACAUCUCAGCUCUUGCUUGCAGAUGCCUGUGGCUGUGGGACCCUUGGUGACAGGGAAUGGAACAAUGGAGCUGCUCAGGUUUACGGGACGGGUGGCUUAGUUUUCAAGUUGUUCCCCAAGGGAAGCUGGGUAGCUUCUGUGAGCAGAUGAGCAAAAAGCCUCAGACUAAAGGAAAAAGUACACAGAAGAAUUAUAUACAUAUAUAUACAUAUAUAUAGAUACAUAUAUAUAGAUACAUAUAUAUAGAUACAUAUAGAUACAUAUAUAUAGAUAUAUAUAGAUACAUAUAUAUAGAUAUAUAUAGAUACAUAUAUAUAGAUAUAUAUAGAUACAUAUAUAUAUAUAUAUAUACACAUAUAUAUAAAUCAUGUCAGCAUAGGUAAUGACUAAUUCUCUUGUAAAUCUAAAAGAAAAACUUAAGUUAGGGGCUUUGACAUGCCUGUGUCAUAUGUAUAAAAUUAAAAUUCUGUAUUUUUCUAGAA